UAGCGGGCGGAGGUGUCGCUCUGUCCCGUGUGUGCGUGUGUGUGUGUAUGUGUAUACCUGUGUGCGUAUUCCUCCGUGUGCACCUUUGGACCAUGUGUGUGUACCUAUGUAAACCUUAAGUGUGUGUGUGUGUACCAAGUGGAAAGUUUGUGUACACCUUUAUAUAUAGUUACGUGUGUGUGUGUGUGUGUGUGUGUGUGUGUGUGUGUGUGUGUGUGUGUGUUAAUUUGCCCGAUCUUCGUGUGACCUAGUGAAGGGAAGGAAAGAAGGAAGAAAGGAAGGAAGGAAGGAAGGAAGAAAGAAAGAAAGGAAGAAAGAAAGGAAGGAAGAAAGAAAGGAAGGAAGGAGGAAGAAGAAAAAGGAGGAGGUCACUUAAGAAAGAAGAGAGAAAGGAAGGAAGAAAGAAAGAAAGGAAGGAAGGAAGGAAGGAAGAAAGAAAGAAAGGAAGGAAGGAAGGAAGGAAGGAAGGAAGGAAGGAAGAAAGAAAAGGAAGGAGGUCGCUAUAGAAAGAAGAGAGAAAGAGGAAGGAAAGAAAAGGAAAAAGAAAGCAUAGAAAGAAGAAGAAGAAGAAGAAGAAAGAAAAGAAGAAAGAAAAGGAAGAGAGAAGGAAGAAAGGAAGAGAUAGAAAAUAAAGAAAGAAAAGAAAAAGAAAAAAACAAUAAACGAUACAAACUUUUCCGAGAAUAAAAACAAAAUAAAAAUAAAUAAAUAAAAACGCGAAUAUAUAGACAACAUAACAGCGGCUUCUAAAAAUACAAGUGAAAUAAAUAAGAGAGAGAGAGAGAGAGAGAGAGAGAGAGAGAGAGAGAGAGAGAGAGAGAGAGAGAGAGAGAGAGAGAGAGAGAGAGAGAGAGAGAGAGAGACAAGGUGAAUAUUUGAAAAAGUAAAUAUCGGAAAAGAGAAAGCGAAGUGACACAAGAAGAAGAGGAAGAAGAAGAAGCGAAAUAAAGAGGAAUUUAAAGAGGAAAGGAAGGGAAGAACAAGAAACGAAGGAGAAAGAGAAGGAAAAAGAAGAAGAAGAGGAGGAGGAGGAGGAGGAGGAGGAGGAAGAGAAAGAAAGGAAGGAAUAGGAAAAGAAGAUAAAGAAGAAAAGAAAGAAAGAAGAUUAGAGAGAGGUUAAUGUUAGUUCUUACGAUGUUACGGAAGAAGGAAGAAGAGGAAGAGAGGAUAAACGAAGGAAGAGAAGAAGAGGAAGAAGAAGAAAAAGAAGAGAGAAAAUAAUGAAAAGAAGAAAGAAAAGAUAGAAAAAGAGAGAGAGAGAGAAAGAGAGAUAGAGAGAGAGAGAAUGUUAGUGACGAGAAAGAGAGAGAGAAAAAAGACAAAACAAGGGAAAUAGACAAAAAAAUAAAGAAAGAAAGUGAGAGAGAGUGAGAAAGUGAGCAAAUUAAAGAGAAUGACCACCACCCUCACUCACACAUGCAUCAUAGUCAGCGUGGUGUGUGUGGUGGCCCCCCCGUGCCUCGCCCAGGGUAACGACUGCUCCGUUGGAAAGGCUGUUCAGAUGAUCGGUCACCCCUUUCUGGCUAGAGUGAUUCCGUGCAACUACAUCAAGGAGUACCCGCCCCCCACCAAGGAUUCGCGUCCCGUCAGCGUCCAUUUUGCCAUGCUAAUCCAGGACAUCAACUCCAUCAACGCGGCGGACAUGGACUUCAGAGUGGACCUGUUCCUUCACAUGCGCUGGGAGGACUCUCGACUGAACCUGUCCCAUUUGUCCUCCAGCCAAGCCUUCCAUACGCUGCCCUCCUACGUCAUAGACCACAUUUGGACGCCCGACCCUUACGUCACCAACGCCAAGGAUGCAGCCAUCACCAAGCUCACCACCACCUACGCCUCGGUCACCCUCUUCAGGAACCACACGAUCAGGUAUUCUGCCCGAGUCUACAGCACCAUCGCUUGUCAAAUGGAGUUCCACGGGUACCCUAUGGACGUUCAGACCUGCGCUAUGAUCAUGCAGAGCUUCAUGUAUUCGGCGAACGAGGUGGAGUUUGAUUGGCGGAAGUGGUCACCUGUGAGGAUUAACCCGGACCUCAAAUUGCUUCAGUUCUCGUUGAAACAGCCGCUCAAGAACUACGUCAACAGAUCCACAGAGGACGAGGAGGGCCAGAAAGUCAUCCAGCUGGUCGUGGAGUUGCAGUUUUCCCGCGAGAUCGGUCACCACUUAGUCCAGACCUUCGUGCCGUCCUUCCUCGUGGUCGCCCUCUCGUGGUUCAGCUUCUGGCUAGGACUUGAGGCGAUACCCGGGCGCGUCACUCUCCUGGUCACCUCCCUGCUGACCAUCACGACGCUGUUCACGGGGAUUAAGGAAGGACUGCCGCCGGUUGCCUAUGUAAAGGCCAUUGACGUGUGGAUGGCAGGCUGCAUGGUGUUCAUCUUCGCCGCGCUGGGAGAGUUCGUGGUUGUGAGAUUCUUGAACGUUAUGCACGCUGCCCAGGUCUCCUCCCCCGGGUACCUCCCCCCCCUCCCCCCCACCCACGCCACCCUCCUCCCGCCCCCCCAGCCCCCCUCGCCCUCCCCGUCCACCUCCUCCUCCUCCUACCUCCUCCCCCCGGCUUCUUCCUCCUCCUUGGUGAAUCCUGGUAUUACGACCACGACGACGACGAGUGCCUAUCAGAAUCAGCUGAUGGCCGAGAAAUAUGACCACCACCUCAAGAGAGUUACAGUCAUCUCCCACGGCAGCGGCGGCGGCGGCGGCGGCGGCGGCGGCAACCCAAACAACCAAAACUACAACAACCACCUCAACCACAACUCCUACAACACCGCCAACAACCACUACAACUCCACCGGCAACCACACCACCAACCACAACCACCAAAGUCAUUACCCUCAACACCAGAGUAAUAACUAUUUUGGUGGAAGUAGGAAUCGGAAAGUUGGUGGUGGUGUCAAGGAAAACGGGCACGUCGGCCUUAGCGUGGGCGGUCGUGUGGGGCGUGCGUGGGACCCAGAGACGGGGUAUGGGGGCAUGGGCAAGGCGGCGCACCCCUCCCAGCACGCCCACGGCCGGCAGAAGAUCGGGGGGCGGUUGACACUUCAGUGGAUCGACCCGAAGACCGGCGCCAAAAAGAUACUCUGGAAGGAGAUCGACAAAGUUUCCCGCGUCGCCUUCCCGCUCACCUUCCUGUUGUUCAUGCUCAUCUACUUCCCGAUCCUGCUGUCCCGCACGUUCUAAUCCUAUGUUUGUGCGUUUUGUGUGUUCCGAUUCCCUUAUUGUAGGUUUGAGUCUUUCGUUGUGGGUUCUGAUAUCGUUUUUUGGGGUUCUGAUUCUGUUACGUCGAUCUAAUUUCGAUCCUCCUAAACCAUGCUCAUCUACUUCCCGAUCCUGCUGUCCCUCACGUUCUAAUCCUAUGUUUGUGUGUUUUGUGUGUUCCGAUCCCCUUAUUUUAGGUUUGAGUCUUUCGUUGUGGGUUCUGAUAUCCUUUUUUGGGGUUCUGAUUCUGUUACGUUGAUCUAAUUUCGAUCCUCCUAAACCAUGCUCAUCUACUUCCCGAUCCUGCUCUCCCGCAAGUUCUAAUCCUAUGUUUGUGUGUUUUGUGUGGUCCGAUCCCCUUAUUGUAGGUUUGAGUCUUUCGUUGUGGGUUCUGAUAUCCUUUUUUGGGGUUCUGAUUCUGUUACGUUGAUCUAAUUUCGAAUCCUCCUGACCCAUACUUUCUAAACUUGUCUGGGGGAGUUCUAACCCUACAUAUACGGAAUUGAAUCGUACUGGUUAGAUUUUUAUGAGUUCUGAUCCACUUUUUGGUAUUAUUGUAAGUUCUGAUGCUGCGUUUGCAAGUUCUGAACCUGUUUCUAUAAGUUCUGAGAGUGUGUUUGAGAUUAUAUGUGUUCGAAUCCCAUGUUUGUUAGUUCUGAUUCUCUCUCUUUGUGGGUGUGAUACAAUUGGUUACCUUCCGUGGGUUCUGAUUCUCUGUUUGUGGGCUCUGAUGCUCUUGCUCCGGCUUAUGUGGGCUUGGAUUCCAUUGAGUUUGAAGUUUAAUCUGUUUAGCAAGUUUAAGUGUGUUUGUUAAGAGGGUUCGAUUCGGUUUAGUGGGAUUGAAUGCUAUGAAUACUUCGAGUUUUGUGUGUGUACGUAUUUCACAGUAUUCUAUAUGCAUACAUGUACGUUUUAUGUACGUGUACGUAUGUAUGUAUGUAUCUAUAUAUUACUACAUUAUUGUUGUUGUUGUUGUUGUGUGUGGGUGUGGGUGUGUGUGUGUGUGUGU